AUGACAUUAUUUGAAUCUUUAAAAUCAAUAAGCCCAGUUUCUAAAAUUAAUAACGAUGGUGGAGUAAUAGCGAAUAAUAAAAUAACAGAUCAAUCAAAUUAUGGUAUUAAUGGUUUAUCCGGAUAUGAUGUACAUAGAAUUCCCGGUUAUUCACCCCAAGAUUAUUUCGAAACUACUGGAUUUGGAAAAGAAGGUUAUGUUGGUCCAAAAUCAUGUUAA